GUAUCCUCCUGUCUCGGUCUUAGCCGCUAUGUGGGCUGAUACAUAUACACAUAAGCGGGGUGGUUUUAAUGUGAGGCAGCGGUGAAAUGAGCAGGUAUUAUCAGCGGUAGUCCUCUUCUUGUGUUUUUCCUCCCGGACAGCUUCGGCUCCUCGGCGGUCGGAUGCUGGAAGUCCUCGCCGAUAAGGGAGCACGUAGGGCUCGCAGAGAAAGGAGAAAGGACGCGGAAGGAAGGAAGGAAGGAUAGGGGAGCAUUUUAAUACCAAAUCGGGACACAUGUUGAGCUAACGGCCCACUCCACCUCCCCCCUCCACCCCUUCUUCUCCUCCCAAAUGCAUUUGUUGCCUCAAUCGCUUUCCCGUUACUAAUUACUCCGCGUUAGGAUAAAGCCAGCGGAUCUCCUCUUCGGCUCCGAGGAUCCACACUCACCGUUUCUGCUUGGACGAUCAUGGAUCUCAGUAAAAUUGCUGUCAGCAUCAAUAAGGCCAUCAACACACAGGAGGUCGCUGUCAAAGAGAAGCAUGCCAGGACCUGCAUCUUGGGGACCCAUCAUGAGAAAGGCGCCCACACUUUCUGGGCAGCGGUCAACCGGCUCCCUCUCUCCAGCAAUGCGGUGCUCUGCUGGAAGUUCUGCCACGUCUUCCACAAGCUGCUGCGAGACGGACAUCCGAACGUGAUAAAGGACUCCAUGAGGAACAAGGCUGAUUUAACUGAUAUGAGCAGGAUGUGGGGUCACCUGAGCGAAGGCUAUGGGAAGCUGUGCAGCAUCUACCUCAAACUGCUCAUCACCAAAAUGGAGUUUCACAUCAAAAACCCUCGUUUCCCCGGAAACCUGCAGAUGUCAAACAGACAGCUUGACGAGGCGGGAGAGAACGACGUGAACAACUUCUUCCAGUUGACAGUAGAGAUGUUUGACUACCUGGAGUGUGAGCUCAACCUCUUCCUGGGUGUAUUCAGCUCUCUAGACAUGUCUCGGUCAGUGUCUGUGACGGCAGCGGGUCAGUGUCGUCUGGCCCCCCUCAUCCAAGUCAUCCUGGACUGCAGCCACCUGUAUGACUACACCGUUAAGCUGCUGUUUAAGCUGCACUCCUGCCUUCCAGCAGACACUCUCCAGGGCCACAGAGAUCGCUUCCAGGAACAGUUUAAAAAGUUAAAGAGUCUGUUCUAUCGCUCCAGUAACUUGCAGUAUUUCAAGAGGCUGAUUCAGAUCCCACAGUUGCCUGAGAACCCUCCUAACUUCCUACGUGCGUCAGCUCUGUCAGAGCACAUCAGCCCCGUGGUCGUGAUCCCCGCCGAGUCCUCGUCCCCAGAGUCGGAGCACAUGGUGGAGACAGACGACCUGGUGGACACAGACGUCCCCUCGCUGCCGGCUGCUCUGGAGACCAAGUUCGACGACCUGUUUGGCACCUCGGCUGCAAUAGACCCGUUCAACUUCAACAGUCAGAACGGCAUGCGCAAGGACGACAAAGACCGUCUGAUUGAACAGUUGACGAGGGAGAUCCAGGCCCUCAAAGAAGAGCUUGAGUCUUUCAGACUGGAGAGCGGUCGGUUGUGUCAGGUGUUGAGGGGGCGUGUCAGUGAGCUGGAGGCGGAGCUCGCCGAGCAGAGCCACCUGAGGCUGCAGGCUGUGGGAGAGUGCGAGUUCCUAAAGGCCGAGCUGGACGACCUGAGGAGGGUCAGGGAGGACACGGAAAAGGAGCAGCGGAGCCUGACGGAGAUAGAGAGAAAAGCUCAGGCCAAUGAACAACGCUACACCAAACUGAAGGAGAAAUACACAGAGUUGGUCCAGAGUCACGCAGACCUGUUGAGGAAGAACGCAGAGGUGACCCGGCAGAUGACAGUGGCCAGGGCGGCACAGGAUGAAGUGGAAGCAGUGAGGAGAGAGAUGCAAGAGAAGGUGAAAGCAGCCCAGGAGGCUGCAGGCAGACAGGAGCGGGAACAGCUGGAGCAGCUUCAGGAGCUGCAGAGGGAGCUGGUGUCCAGCCGGACAGAGCUGGACUCCCUGAAGACCACCAUGACCACGUCGCAACAGUCAAGCGAGGUGCUCAGCACUCAGCUGGUCGCCCUGGAGUCUGAGAAGUCUGAGCUGGUGCAGUCCUUGUCCAAGGUGGAGGCGGAGCUGGUGAUACAGGGAGAGGAGCUAGAGCGAAUCCAAACCUCACUGGCAACUGAGAGAGAAAGCGGGGUGAAGACAGCAGAAGCCCUGCAGAAUCAGCUCAAUGAGAAGGAGAGCAGGGAGCAGGCUUUGGAGAGCCAGCUGGUAGCAGCUCGCUGGUCCAGUCUGCAGGGAGCUGUGGAAGAGGCAGAGAGGAUCAUCCAGGACUCGCUGGCUCAGAUAGACGACCCGGCACACAUCAGCUGCACCAGCUCCGCAGACUACCUAGCAUCCAGAUGUCAGGCCUCUUUAGACUGUGUGGACCGACUCCAUUCUGCCAGAGAGGCCUUCAUAGCUGACAACACAGGUGUGUCUGACCUGCUACGAGUGGUGACCCAGUGUGGCCACCUGCUGGGAGACACCAUCGUUCAGGGUAGUGCCACCUCCCACAUGGUGCCUGUUGAGCAAGCUGAUGCCCUGUCAGAGAGUGUGAAAGCGUGCGGGGCCGAGGCUCUGGCUCUGCUGGGGCAGAUGAAGCAGCAGGACAGCAUGACUGCAGCUAACAACAGCAAACUGAAGGCAGUUCUGGAGGCCAUCCUGGCCACUGCAGAGAAACUGCGUCCUCGGGGUUUGGAGCUCCAGCAGGGGGAGCUGGGAGAUCUGGUGGAGCAAGAAAUGGCUGCCACUUCUGCUGCUGUGGAGUCAGCUGCUGCAAGGAUAGAGGAAAUGCUCAACAAGUCUCGAGCAGUUGAUACAGGAAUCAAGAUGGAGGUCAAUGAGAGGAUCUUGGCCUCGUGCACAGAGCUGAUGCAGGCGAUCAAGGCGCUUGUUCUGUCUUCCAAAGAUCUGCAAAGGGACAUCGUGGAGAGUGGCAGGGGGGCAGCCUCCAUGAAGGAAUUUUAUGCUAAGAACUCCCGCUGGACUGAGGGGCUGAUCUCUGCCUCCAAAGCAGUGGGAUGGGGCGCCACGAUCAUGGUGGAUGCUGCUGAUCUGGUGGUGCAGGGCAAAGGGAAGUUUGAGGAGUUGAUGGUGUGCUCACAUGAAAUAGCUGCCAGCACUGCACAACUAGUGGCUGCCUCUAAGGUGAAAGCAGACAAAGACAGCGGCAACCUGCACCGUCUGCAGCAGGCCUCCCGCGGCGUCACGCAGGCCACCGCAGCUGUCGUGGCCUCCACCAAGUCUGGGAAGUCCCAAAUUGAAGAGACAGAUACGAUGGACUUCUCCAGCAUGACUCUCACACAGAUCAAACGACAAGAGAUGGAUGCACAGGUCCUGGUUCUGGAGCUGGAGACUCGACUGCAGAAGGAGCGAGAGCGUCUUGGCGAGCUGAGGAAGAAGCAUUACGAGCUGGCCGGGGUAGCAGAGGGCUGGGGCGCGGAAGAGGAGGGCACUGGUUGAGACCUCCCACCCCUCCCCAACCACCCCUCAUCCCCCUCCUCUACCAUAAGACCGGCUUCUGUCUGCCUCUUUCUAUUUAUACACACACUUUUCAGUCUCUUUCCCCCUUGUUUUCUUCUCUCUUUUUUUUUUGCUUGUUUGUUAUCUAAGCCAAAUGAAAAGGUGCUUCUUUUCUAAACCCGCUUCUCCACCUCUGUCCCAAAGCUUCCAUAAGGGACAGCACCAAGGGCUCAGCGAAGGGGGGUGUCGAAGGGAGGAAUAAAUGGAUGUAAGGAGCAGAGUGCAGGAGGAGGGAGGGGGCGGGGCCUACAGUGCAGCCUGAUGUCACAGCCUCAUGUCCCCCUCUGCCUCUCCCACAGGACUGUGUCUGUCAAAAGGAGUUGAUCCGUUCGGCCGAGUAUUUAUUGUCUUCUUCUUCUUCUUUUUUUUCUUCUUCCCACGGUUUUUAAUAACGAGGAGUCGCAGCAGAAACGCUAUGAGCACAAGGUCUAUUCAAGACAUCCCAGGAUGCACCGCACAAGGGCCAAACUCUCAGCAGAAAAAGCGGAGAUCAGUGACUGUUCGCCCCACCCCAGCCCCAACAUCAUGUCUCUGUGUAACAUACACGGCAUGCAUGCUCUCCCAUUAAAACAAGUGUUUUUGGUCCGUGUCGUGAGCUUAUAAAGCUGUGGGAGCCUGAGCUGCUCUUCAUCUGUCGGUGCAGUUUGACGCACUCUUCCUCCCUAGUUUCUUCUUAUUCUUUUCUCACUGUGAGUUAUCACCUUAUUAAGUCCAUACCGCUUCACUGGCUGGUUCACUGGACUUUCUGCCUUUCCCCUCCUCACCAUUGUAACGACCAUGACUGUUAACUUGACCUGCCCCCUCUUUUUGUUUUUUUGUUGUUUUUUCUUUUUCUUUUUUUUUUUUAUAUUGUAACAGACGCUUGCCUGGAAAUCUUAAAACUAGAACAAGGAAGUAGCACACAAAACAGUCUUCUCCCCGUGAGCGUUGAGACUGCCGUCUACCUCAUGCUACAUCGUCAGAGGUCAAAGGUAGCGGUGCAUCAUGGGGAGGUUGAGAAGUGUUGCUCAAACAUUAAUGACAUGGGGUUAUUUUUUGUUAUUUUCCCCUUUAAAUAUUAAAGUUAGUAAAGGAGGUUUAGUGAGAGGAAACCCUCUUUUUUAUGUAGAAAAAAGCCACAACACUGAGGUCUACUACUUCCUCUGUUCAGUAAAGUGUUCAUUUCUUCACAACAACAGCUCAUGUCUGGCAACAAACAAAGAGUUGUUAAAUAAAGUUGGAGACCCCCUCUUGGUGCAUAUUUUUAGGUGUGUCUUUCAGUGGUCAAGCAGCACUACUGCAAACCUGACAAAGAAGCAGCAGCAGCAGCUUUGGAGGUAGAGCUGGGAUCCAGUCACAUAAUGAACUGCUAACAGCGUUGUCUUCUGACAGACGGCAAGUAUCUGCUCCUCCUGGAGACGUAGUGACCCUGCCAGCAGGACGACCGUGCUCCCGGUGAGGAUGAUAAUCCUUUUAGGGUAUUGCAGGAGACAGGACUGCCCGCUUAGUCAGAUAAAUCUGCAGAAGAAGCAAAUGAAAAUCCUUAAAAGGUUUGACAUUUUUGAGUCAAAGUUGAAUGUGAGGUUUGAAGAGUUUGAGGCCAUCCCACUGCGCAAACCUUUUACUGAUGAAAUGUUAAAGAUUUACCUGCCUCUUCAAAUACCCUGCAGGACUGAUGGUUGACUGCAGUUUUAUAAAUCCUUCACUAAGGGCCUGCAUUGCCAGGACAACAGUGGACUCUGAAGUAUGCAGUACACAGACUGCAGUGUUUAAUAGCUUCCUCAAGACCAAGUAGCUGUGUAUAUAAACUACAAGCCUUUUAUUGUUGGAAAUAAUCUUUUGCUUUCUUUUAAUCUAAAAGCAUUCAGUGGCAUCAAUUUUUGCAUCUCUCCAAGUAAGGAUUCAGUUUAAUUGAAUGAGGGAUACAAAAUGGUGCACAUGAACGCCCCACAUAACUAAUAUAAGUCAUUAUUUCUUCCGUAAGAGGUUGUUAUUUAACAGAAUUUCCUGCUGAGACUCAUGAACUGACUUUCAACUUGUUUCCAGUGGACUCUUGUGAGAAGACUGACCAUGUUUCUGUGUAAAAACCACAACAUGAGCAGGCAUCUAUUUUGAACCUUAUUUCUUCUUUCUGUUCGAUGAUGGCAAUGAUGAUUCUCUUGGAGUUUGUCUCUCUCUGUGUCUUAACAUACUUAGUUUUGACGCUCCGCUUCAGCUGCGUAUCUCUAAACAGUUGUGACACUGGGUAUUUAACAGACGCUGGUCAAAUAGUAUUUGCCAAUAAUUCUUAAAAACAAACAAAAAAAGUUUUAAACCACUUGGAGCAGCAGAUGGUUGAAUCAUAAAAAGUGAAUUAUUAAAUAUACUUAUUAUUUUUCCUAUUCGACACCACCCAUCUGCUGCACCAACCAUGGCUAAAGCUAAGAGCAAGUAUUAUUUGUAGUACUGUUGGCUCCAGGUCUUUGUAUUUAAUAAUGAUUUUAGCUGUGUUCUGUCACUUUUCCCACACAUGGGCAAAACGUUAGCUGAUUUCAUUAGAAUAAUUGGAAUAUAAAACAAAAAACGUACCAUAAAAGAAGGAUACAUCCACUUUUUAUGGUAUUACAAGUGUCUUGAAAGAUGAACUGAAUGCACCUUGAGUGAUGUUUUGGUUGUAUUUUUUGCCCAAAUAUUCUUUAUUAACCUCCCUCUCUCUUUGUCUCCUCUCUCUCUCUCUCUCUCUCUCUCUCUCUCUCUCUCUCUCUCUCUCUCUCUCUCUCUCUCGGGUCUGUGUCUGUAGUCCUACCAGCUCAGCCAGCCUUUCAAACUGCCUCACACUGUAGUCAAAGAGAAACAAAUACUCACAUAGCAACAUUGAAAUAUGUCUUUGUAUGAUAUACUAAAACUUUGUUGGUGGGUUUGUUUUAUUUUUUCAGUUUUUAAAAUAAAUAUUUCAA